AUGUUCUUGUACAAUCUCACGGUCAGCCCCACAUCGGCCAUCAACCAGGCGAUCCAUGGCAACUUUUCCGGCACAAAGCAACAGGAAAUCAUUGUUGCACGCAACAGCCGCCUUGAGCUACUUAGACCUGAUCCCAACAGUGGAAAGACGCACACGAUUCUUACACACGAAGUCUUUGGAUUGAUUCGACGCAUUGCACCCUUUCGAUUGACUGGUGGCAGUAAAGAUUACGUUGUAGUGGGAUCCGAUUCGGGCCGCAUCGUCAUUUUGGAAUACAAUCCAGCAAAGAACGUCUUUGAUAAGGUUCAUCAAGAGACUUAUGGCAAGACCGGCAGCAGACGUAUCGUUCCUGGUCAAUAUCUUGCAACAGAUCCUAAAGGUCGUGCUGUCAUGAUUGGUGCUCUCGAGAAGCAACGCCUCGUGUAUAUUCUCAACCGCGAUUCAGCUGCACGUUUGACUAUUUCAUCACCCCUCGAAGCACACAAAAGCCAUGCAUUGAUUCAUGAUAUCGUUGGCUUGGAUGUCGGCUUUGAAAAUCCAGUAUUUGCAUGUCUCGAAGUGGAUUAUUCGGAGGCGGAUCAGGAUCCUACCGGUGAAGCUGCAAAGAGUGCUGAAAAGUUGUUGACCUACUAUGAAUUGGAUCUCGGCCUUAAUCACGUUGUGCGGAAGUGGAGUGAGCCAGUGCAUCCAAGAUCCAACAUGUUGAUUCCUGUGCCUGGUGGCAAUGAUGGUCCUUCUGGUGUCCUCGUGUGUUCUGAAAACUUCAUCACCUACAAGCAUCAAGAUAUGCCAGAGCAACGUAUCCCUAUUCCUCGCAGAGCACAACCUCUCGAAGACAGCUCACGUGGUGUCAUCAUUUCUACCUUCGCUUUACACAAGAUGAAAGUCAACAAGCAGACCCAAUUCUUCUUUUUGCUUCAAACGGAGGAAGGCGACAUCUUCAAGGUCACUAUGGAGCAUGCAGAAGGUGAAGUGCAUGGAAUGACCAUCAAGUAUUUCGACACUGUCCCCGUGGCAUCAUCAUUGUGUAUUCUCAAGAGUGGUUUUCUCUUUUCCGCAAGUGAAGCUGGUAACCACCAUCUUUAUUCAUUCGAGAGCUUGGGUGACGACCCUGAUGACCCUGAGAUCACUUCAGCCGAUUUUAUGGAAGCAGAACAAGCACAAGAUGAGAUUCCUUUGGUGUAUUACACGCCACGACCCUUGAAGAAUCUUUUACUUGUUGACGAAUUGGAGUCAAUGGCGCCGCUUAUGGAUGCUAAGGUGUACAAUCUUGCUGAUGAAGAAUCUCCUCGAAUUUAUGGUUUAUCGGGUCGUGGUGCACGUUCAUCUAUGCGUAUCCUUAAUCAGGGUUUGGAGGCUGCUGAACUUGCUGUCAGUGAAUUACCUGGUAAUCCAAGUGCCGUAUGGACGACAAAGCUACGACAAAGCGAUGAAUAUCAUGCAUACAUCGUUGUUUCAUUCGCUAAUGCAACAUUGGUGCUCUCGAUUGGCGAGACUGUGGAAGAAGUCACUGAUACAGGAUUGUUGACAACAGCCCCUACACUUGCAGUUCAACAACUUGGUGAAGAUGCGAUCAUUCAAGUACAUCCUCAGGGCAUUCGACAUAUUCGAGCUGAUAAGCGAGUCAACGAGUGGAGGACACCUGGUGGUCAAGUUAUUACCAAUGCAGCUACCAACAAUCGACAAGUUGCCAUUGCUUUAUCAGGUGGAGAAAUCGUUUAUUUCGAGCUUGACAAUAUGGAUCAAUUGAAUGAGCAUCAAGAGCGUAAGCAAAUGGCAUCCAAUAUCACUUGUCUUUCUAUUGGCGACGUCCCAGAAGGUCGACAACGAUCACGACAUCUCGCAAUCGGCUGUGAUGAUCAAACGGUGCGUAUCUUGAGCCUCGAUCCUGAUAGUUGCCUUGAAUCCAUUUCUAUGCAAGCUGUGCAAGGUGUUCCUUCCAGUCUUUGUAUCAUUGAGUUGCUUGACAAGGGCACUGAAAGGGGUCAUGGUACUCAAUAUCUCAACAUUGGUCUUUCAAAUGGCAUCCUCAUGCGUACCAUCCUUGACACAAUCACUGGCCAAUUAUCUGAUCCUCGCACUCGAUUCCUUGGCGCUCGUAGUGUACAGCUUUUCCGAAUUACAGUACAAGGUCGACCAGCAGUAUUGGCACUUUCAACAAAGCCAUGGAUCACCUAUACUUUCCAGAAUCGAUUACAUUUGACACCUCUCAGCUAUGACAUGUUGGAAUCCGGCAGUGAUUUUGUCAGUGAACAAUGCCCCGAAGGUGUUGUGGCUGUUGCAGGCAAUACAUUGCGCAUCUUUACCGUUGAAAAGCUUGGAGAGAUCUUCAAUCAGGUGGCCAUUCCAUUGAAGUACACGCCUCGCAAAUUCGUCUUACAUCCUGCUACCAAAUCCUUUGUCGUCAUCGAGACCGAUCAUGCAACCUAUUCUCCUGAACAAAUCAAAAAGGGAUUGGCUGAGAAGGAAAAGGAAGGCAUUGAGUAUGAUUCAUCCAUCAUGGACCUGGAUCCUGCACAAUUUGGACAUAUCAGAAAUGUUGCCGGCAAAUGGGCUAGUUGCAUUCGAUUAUUGGAUCCUUUCAGUGGUGAGACGUUACAAUUGAUCGAGUUGGAGGACAAUGAAGCAGCAUUCAGCGUGGCGAUGGUGCAAUUCAGGACCAAUGUACAUACCACACAAGCAGGAGAACAAUUUGUUGUUGUGGGUACAGCCAAGGAUGUCCAACUUGCUCCACGAUCAUGUUCAGCUGGUUAUUUGCACGUGUACAAGUUUGGUCAAAAUGAAGAAGGUCGACCCCAACUAGAGCUGGUACACAAGACGGAGGUGGAGGAUGUACCCACUGCGCUUUUGGGUUUCCAAGGAAGAGUAUUGGCUGGUGUUGGCAAAGCACUUCGCUUGUAUGACGUGGGUCGUAAGAAGUUGCUUCGAAAGAGUGAAACUAGAAGUAUUCCCAAUGUGGUCGUCUCAUUACACACGCAAGGUGAUCGCAUUAUCAUGACUGAUGUACAAGAGUCGAUGCACUAUGCAGUAUAUAUACAUAAGGACAACCGAAUCCUAGUAUUUGCAGACGACACGACACCGCGCUGGACGACGGCGUCUACGAUGGUUGACUAUGACACAGUGGCUGGUGGUGACAAAUUCGGCAACUUUUUUGUGAAUCGACUGCCAACGAAUAUCAGUCACGACGUAGACGAGGAUACAACUGGAAGUCGUAUCAUGCAUGAAAAGGGAUAUCUCCAAGGCGCUCCAAACAAGGUGGAUAAUGUUUGCCAAUACUUUUUGGGUGAUAUCAUCACAUCUUUACAUCGUACAACAUUGCUAUCGGGUGGACGCGAAGUUUUGCUUGUUACAACAUUGCUUGGAUCUAUCAACAUUUUCGUACCAUUUGUAUCACGUGAAGACGUCGAAUUCUUCCAAAUGCUUGAAAUGCAUAUGCGAUCAGAAGCACCUCCUUUGGCCGGCCGUGAUCAUCUUAGUUAUCGAAGCUUCUACAUACCCGUCAAAUCUGUCGUCGAUGGCGACCUCUGUGAGCAGUACAACUCUCUGCCAUCAGAUAAGAAGCGCAUGAUUGCUGAAGAACUCGAUCGAACAGUGAGCGAAGUGCAAAAGAAGAUUGAAGACAUGCGUGUUCGUUCCGGCUUUUAA